GCGUGUGUGCCCUCACAAAAUCGGUGUGUUUCUGUACCCUGCACUGCAGUGUUAUCAGUGCAGUAAAAUAGGAUUUUAUUUAAAAAGCACAUGAAAUCGUCGCCUUUGCAUGUUUUCAAAAUAUGCAUGUAUUAAAACACGCGUGUCAGCAGACAAGAAAACGCCGACGUCAGCGUUAGUUAAUAAUAAACGCAUAGUUAAUCGGAUAUUGCCAACUAACCAAGUUAUUUCACAGUCAUGAUGGACUAUUUUCUUUGGCCGUCUGUGCUCUUUACACUUCUUGCAGGAAUAGUAGCAGCAUUUGUUCUGGUAAAAAACAAACCCGCUCAUCAUCAAAGCAGUGUUGUUGUGGAGGAAGAAAAGAAAGCAGAUGCUGGAGUUUCCUCACAGGAACAACACUGUGAGCACUGGGAUGAAUCCUGUCAGCUUAAAACUGUCGAAAAGAGACUUCAAACUGAGGAUAAAACUUUAGAGAAAGCAAAGGAUUUAAACAGAGAUGAUCUGGAAGAAGAUGCUCUGGUUCAACCCACUGCACGGGAAGAGGAGCCUGGGAUACGGAGUGCUCUGAGGGAGUAUGCCUUUUCACCUGAUGCUGAGAGUAAGCCUUUGAAGUACAUGGCAGGCAUGCUUAGGACCUGCCAGCUGGAAAAGAUGAUGACCAAAGAAGAGCUUGAGGAAGAGCAGAGGGUUCAACGGGAACAGUUGACUGCCAUCUUCCAGCUGCUCAAAGACAAACAAGAGACAUUUGGUGAGGUGACAGAGAGUGAUUUACAAGAACAGCUUAAACUCUACUCUAUUUGACAGAUCAGCUAAAAAAAGCUCUCUGUUGUGUUCAGGCGAUUUUUAUAUUCUUUAUGCCAGUGCUCAAGUUAAUACCAUUUACAAAUAAUUCACAAAUGAUUUUAUUUGAUCAGAUUAAUUGAAAUCACAGACUUUAAUAAUCACUGGAAUAUUAGUAUUGACAUUCUUUAGACAUUCUGUUGACUUUAAAUUACUUUGCCUCUACAGUUGAAGACAUAAUAGCAAUGCACUGUUGUUGCAUUAUUGGUCACACUGUAUUUUACAGUACAAUUCUUACUAUUAACAAAUCAUUAACUAUGACUUGUUGCUCAAUAAUCUCCUAAUGUGUUGCUUAUUAAUAGUCUGACAUUUAAAAAUAAAUGUGGUGAAUAUUAAUAAAUACAACAUAAGUAUUCAUAAUUUUUUAUUAAUUUUAAUAAAAUGUAAAUUCUUUUAUAAUAUUUCCCAAUUUUGUUUAACAGAGAGAAUAUGUUUUAAAACAUUUGUAAACAACAGUCUUAAUAACUUAUUUCUACUAAUUUAUUUUGUCUUUUACCCUUAUUGCAGUCCAUACUUAUUAGUUAUUCUGCAAGAUACUAGUAUUCAGCUUAAAGUGCACUUUUACAUCUUAACUAGGAUAAUUAGGUUAACUAGUUAGAUUAAUACAGCAAAUCAUCAGAGAAUAGUAGUUUGCUCUGUAGCCAAGUGAAAAAAACAAAUCUUAAGGGGGCUACUAAUAUUCACCCUCGCCGGUUAAAAUUUUUAUUCCUUAAAAUGUAUUCUUUAUUAAAUGCUGUGAAAUAAGUCAUUAUUAUUUGGGGAAAAUAAUACAAAUUUUCACAGGAGGGCUAAUAAUGGUGUCUUUUUUACAUGUAUACUAACGCUUCAUAAAGUAUUAGUAGAUUGUUAGGUUUGGGUUGGUAGAAUAAGUCGACGUAAUAAUGUGAAGGACAACCAAAUUAAAGUGUGAUAUUAAGCAGACCAUUUUUUAAAGGCAGAGUUCACCCCAAAAAUGUACUCCUGAAAUUGUUUCUCUCAUCUGUUUAACAUAAAAGAAGAUACUUUAAAGAUACCCAAAAACCGACAACCAUUGCCUUUUUUUUUGAGAAUUUUUUUUUUCUGCCGUAAAAAAAUCAAUGCUUACAGUUUUUUUUCCAUCUUCUUCUGGAUGUUCAACAAAAGAAGAAAUUCAUAAAUAUUUUAAAUAAAUAAAGGACGAGUAAAUGAUGACAGAAUUUUCAUUUCGGGUGAACUAUCCCUUCACACUCUGAAAGCCUGUUCACGUCAAGAACAAAUAUGAUAAUUUCAUGAUAUGAAUAUUUACGUUAUUGCUUUACCUUUAAAGUCAACAGAAUAUCUAAAGGGAACCAUCAAAAUACAGUGAUACCAUUGAAUGAAGAAAUGUUUGUUUGACUUGUAUGUAUAUAUUUUUUUCAUGUUCAUGAAUACAAUACUGCACAUAAGUAAUGAAGAAUCACAAAAGUCUGAAAAGGUUAAGUCUAAAGUCACUCAAAGUUUAUUGGCCAAUCCAUGUUUAAUAUGUGCAGUAUGAACUGUAAUGACACUGUAAUUACUCAGCUGUUUAUCUUGCAAAGUGAAGCUGCUUCAUGUAAUUGUGAUGCCAAACAGAUUUUUUUUUAAAUAAAUAAAACCUCUUUUUGCUUCAUACUGUAAACUUAAUCAACGCCUUAUGUCUCAACACCGCUCACAGACCUGUGACAGCCAUGGUAAUCAUGUCAUUCAUAUGAAUGGGCGGGCUGUAAUCCAUAAAUAAACACACCGUUUGAUGAUGUCACGAAUUUUAAUAGACAGAUUAUAAAACACUGUUACAAGACAGUCAAACCUUUCACACCGUAUGCAUCUAUAUGGCUGGACUGAUAAGAUGAGAGGAAAUUGGUCAUGAAAUAUGCAGAAGGCUUGGGGUGUUGUUAGUCUCAUACUGACUUUUUGUGUGUUGCUCUAUCUGGUGCUUUGGAAUAAUCUUUCAGAAAACAUUCACAGCAAAACUAUCAUCAUUUCUUCAUUGAUUUUGUCGCCACUUGGAAAUACCAAUUUGUUCAAAACCCAAAAACACUUGAAUGUGGAGCGAAAGGUCAACAUAACCCCCAUUCCGGUUCUUUAUAAGAAAAACUUCACCAAACUGCCAGUGUGGGACUUUGAAGAUGUCUAUUUGCGAGACAGUAAUGCAAGAAAACCGACCUGUCCAAAGUCUCUUCACAACACAGAGGACCCGGAGUUCAAGGAAUCAGUUCUUCCUGACAUUCAGCUGUGGCUGUACAAAGGUCAACUCAACAUGUCAGAAUGGAAUCGAUUAGCACACUUUAACAAUCCCUUUGGCUUCAUGGAGUACAAUUACAAUGAAAUAAAAAGAGCAGUGGAUUUGAUCCCAAAGCCCAGGUCUUCAAUAUUACUGCCUGUACCUAAAGGCUCAAAGGAUGGCUGUAUCCGCUGUGCUGUUGUGGGCGCUGGGGGCAUUCUCAAUAACUCAAAGAUGGGCAGAGAGAUAGACUCUCAUGACUAUGUUUUCCGAGUAAACGGUGCUGUUACUAAAGGUUACGAGGAGGAUGUCGGAAACAGAACAUCAGUCUAUGUGCAUACAGCAUUUUCCUUAUAUGCCACUAUACUGACGUUAAAAAAAUAUGGCUUUCACAAUAUUCCACAAGACGAGGGUAUCAAAUAUGUCAUGAUUCCUGAAGGCCUGAGGGACUUUGAGUGGCUUCAAGGCCUUUUACAGGGAAAAGCAGCCAAUGGGUCAUUCAAAGGUGUGAGACCACUGAAUUUUUUCAAUGGGCAUUUCAACGAGAGCAGAUUUAACGUUCUACACCCCGAUUUCCUUCGUUACAUUCGCAACAGAUUCAUGCCAUCUAAACAGAUGCAGGGCAAUUACUGGGCAAUGUACCGCCCGACCAAUGGAGCAUUUGCCUUGUUUUUGGCUAUUCACACAUGUGAUAUUGUGAAUGCCUAUGGAUUUAUCACUGAAGACCAUCAUAAAUACUCCAACUAUUAUUAUGAGAAGUUCAAGAAAACCAGUGUCAUUUUCUAUAUUAACCAUGACUAUGGGCUGGAGAUUAAGACAUGGAAGAAACUACACGACUCUGGAAUCAUCAGACUCUUUCAAAGACACUGACAUAGUCAUGUGAAAAAGUUUGGACACUGUACGUUAAUUAUAUUUUUCAUAACAAGACAUAAAAAAACAACACACAUGGCUUUUCUAUCUUCUUGUUAAACAAUGACACCAUGUGAGAUGUCAUGUGGUGUUGUUGAGCUAAGAUUUUAUUGUCCAAAUUUUAAGACCUGCCAAGGACCAUAAUGUUUUUUUUUUUUUGUUAUUGAAAACCAUAAAAUUGAAUAGGCUGUCAUAACUUUUUCACGACUACGUAAUAAACAACAAGACGGAGGAUCACUGUUCUGACAACAGACAAUAUUUACAAAUUGAGAAUCUGUAAAAAACUGUCUAAGAAACAGAUCAGCUCUUUGUUUUAGUUUUUAUGAAGGAGAGACAGGUUAUAUUUAUUGAAAUAUUUUUAAAGGGUUGGGUUUGCGCAUGCUCCAACCUUCCUUCAAUUUGAUAGAAUUCCCUAUUUAUUUUCAAGUUUGUUGUAUUCUUAUUUUGAUAUUUCUUACAAAUAUUUAUAACAUCAGCACUUUUUUUGAUAUUUUGUUCAGCUGGGCUAUCAUUGCCAUGCUUCCGUAACUUUAUAGAAAUGAGUUAUUUAUUGAUAUUUAGUUCUGUCUAUUUUAACUAUAUUUAGUUUUGAGAUUUACAUUUUAAGUAUAUUUUAACAUACAACAUAUUCCCUGUCAUAAAUCCCAACAACUGUUAACAAAUCCCAGAAAUCUGCAUUGAUACACUUCAUUAAACUUGAGAAACAAUAAGAUGAAAAAGAAAAAAA